AUGUCCAUAUUAACUAAAGAAAAAAUCCAAAAAUUAAAUUUAUUUCAAUCGUAUGCAUCAUCAACAAAUGAAAACCAUGGUUAUUACGAAAUUUUAUCAACACGUUUAUAUUUAAUAACAUUAACUCUGUCUGUGAUCAUUAUAGCUCUUUACACAUCAUUAAUUGAUCGAACACAAUUAGUAACAAUUAAAUCACCAAUAACAUCUGAUCAAUAUACAACACUUUAUCAACAACAUUCUCAAACAUUAACAUGUCCAUGCACAACGAUUUCAAUUACAUAUGAAAAAUUCAUUCAUUUAUCACCAACUUAUCAUCAAAUAUGUUCAAGUCAGUUUAUUAGUGAUGAUUGGUAUCAAUAUAUAACUGAAUCUAUGAGUAAUAUAUAUUAUUUUGAAAAUGAUGAUUUUCGCAAUAGAGCUAGUGCUUUCUUUCAAAUGUUACAAGUAUUAUGUCAAUCAACAAAUGAAACAAUUCAAGAUAGUUUAGUUGUUUUUAAUUCUACACAAUUAGUUAAUGAUAAAUUAAUACCACAACAAUUAUUUCAGAUUCAAGCUGAAUCUUACAUUAAUCUUUUUAUAGAAACAACAACAAAUACAUAUAAACGUUCAUUACAAAUUAUACGUGAUACAACACAAUCAAGUGCAUUAGUAGCUUAUGGUUCAUCUGUUACUUAUUUAUCUGCAUAUCAAAGCGUUCAAAUAACACCGAACAUUUUAUAUAAUGAUAGUAAUGAACCCUGUUCAUGUCGAAAUACGGCUGGUUGUAUACAACAAGCAAAAUUAUAUGAUUAUUUAUCACCAUUUACAAUGAGUGUUACUGGAAUUUAUUUCAGUUGUUAUGUUUUAGAAUCAGUAUUACGAUCAACAUUAGAAUGUUUUUAUAAUCAAGCAUGUUUUAUAGAAUUAAACUUACUUAUAAAUCCAGAUGAUCCAAGUAAUUUUUCAAUUUUAAAUUCAACUCAACCAUCAAGUCAAUAUCAACCAACAACAGUGAUACAAGAAAUUAUUAAUAAUUUAAUGACUGAACAAUGGAAUUUCAAUGUAUCAUUUGAAUCAUAUUAUCAACAAUGUCAACCAAGUGAAUGUCAUUAUACUUAUAUUGAAAAAUUUGAUUAUUUAUAUACAAUAACAACAAUAUUGGGAUUAAUUGGUGGUAUGAGUACAAUUCUAUCAAAAUUAAUACCAUUUUUAAUUAUAAUAGUAAAUCCUCAUAUUUUCCCAUUUUUUAGAAAAUUAUAUAAAAAAUAUAAACAACGACAAAAUCAGAUUAAGCCAACAACAAUAACAUCGACAAUAGUAGAAAAUUACAAUAAUAUUAAUGUUAUUGAUGAACAAUUAGCAACGAAUUCGGUGUCGAAAAAACAAAGUACAACAACAAUUUCAAAGUGGAAAAAAUAUUUGAUUCAUUCAAUUACAUGUUUAAUAAUAAUUGUACUUAUUCUUGCUUCAACUAUCGUAUUUGCAAUGAAGCAAGGAACUUCAACAUCCAUGCGAACAGCACAAUCAACAAUGAUGAUGACUACUACUGGUACAGUUAGAGUAACAACAACAAAAAAAAGUUCUGAUACAACGACGAUAACAGCCACCACAUCAAACAUCUUUAAAGUCAAGGCUGUAUUGAACAAUGGCGUUUUAAAUAUUGCAUUGGGUAAAUGGUUAGAUACGAACAAUUCAGUUCAUUGGCCAAAUGGUCUGCUACCAGUUGUUUAUGGAAUCAAUACAAAAGUAUUAACAACGACAAAAAUAACCGCAUAUGAAGUAAUGUUCGGUCAACGUCCACGAUCAGAUUCCGAUUUUUAG